AUGCUAAGUGGAUUUGGAGAUAUAGGUCUGAAAAGCAAGCUCUUUGGAGAAGAAUCAUUAAUCAAAAGUUUGGAGGAUGUGGUUUCUGUGGAUGGAGCAUGGGACUUCAAAUUUUCUAGAAAUUUAAAGGAUCAGGAAAUUAUACAGGUGGCUAACUUGCUACAGCUUAUUGGUGAACCUCCUAUGAAUGCUCUUGAUGAUAUCAGGAAUUGGAGGUAUGGAGAUUGUUUCACAGUUUCAAAUGCAUAUAAUGCCUUGGAAGUGCAUGGUCUAUUGAGAUUUCCAGAUAAACAAUUAUGGAAUUCUAAAGUGUCUUCAAAGGUUUCUUUCCAUGUCUGGACUUUAUGCUAUAGAGAGGCACCAACUCUAGAUAUCUUGCACAGAGCAGGUCUGGUUCAAGACUCAAAUUGUUUGUUUUGUGGUCAGUGUGCAAAGACAAAUGAACAUUUGUUCCUUCACUGUAACGUUGUGACUAGUAUUUGGUCUUACUUUCUUGGUAGUUUUGGUAUUAAAUUGAGCUUUUCUGGUGAUGUAAAGACUAAUCUUUGA